GUGAAUGUCGCAGGAGAGGAGCGGGAACGAAAGGACACAGGAGGUAGAGAGGUAUGGGAAAUCAGAAGCAGAAAUGGACGGCGGAGGAGGAAGAAGCCCUACUCGCCGGAGUGGCAAAGCACGGCCCUGGGAAAUGGAAGAAUAUUCUCAAAGAUCCCGAUUUCGCCCCUUUCCUCACUCACCGCUCCAACAUCGACCUCAAGGACAAAUGGCGAAACCUGAGUGUCAGUACUUCUGGACAAGGCUCUAAAGAUAAAUCAAGGGCUGCAAAAGUAAAAACUACGAUAGCUGCUCCACUUCCCAAUGUUCAAAAUUCUUCUCCUGCUGCUCCACUUCGUCAUAACACUGACACUGUUAUGGAUGAUCCCUCUAAUGGCACACAGGAGGGAAAGAAUGCUCCCAGGUAUAAUGCAAUGAUUUUUGAAGCUCUUUCAGCAAUAGAAGAUAAAAUUGGAUCUGAUAUAAGUGCCAUUGUCCACUUUAUCGAGCGAAGGCAUGAGGUGCCACAAAAUUUUAGGAGGCUAUUGAGUUCAAGGUUGAGAAGGCUUGUUGCACAAGGCAAGCUUGAAAAGGUCCAAAAUUGCUACAAGAUCAGAAAAGAGACCGUGUUAGGAACAAAAACUCCUAGCCCAAAACAAAGGGAUGUCAAACCACGGCAAUCACUGAGCUCUGGGUUAAUGACCACCAGUGAGACUGUUGAUGAUGCAGCUAAUGCUGCUGCCUACAGAGUAGCUGAUGCCGAAAACAAAGCUUAUAUGGCUGCUGAAGCUGUUAAAGAGGCAGAAAGAAUCUCAAAGGUGGCAGAAGAUACCGAUUCAAUGCUACAACUAGUCAAAGAGAUUUAUGAAAGAUGCUCGCGCGGUGAAAUUGUCCCCUUGGCUUAGGUUGGUUAUCCGUUAAAUUUUUUAUUCGGUAGGAUAAAAUGUCGGUUGUAUAAUUAAUGAAAUCUUUGUAAUUGUGGGGAUGUCUAUGUAAAUCCAUUGAUCCAUGCAGUAAUCUCAAAGUUUUCAUCUCUACACA